CCUGCAGGCGGUGCUGCCCCCGCCUCCCACCUCCCCGCGCCCCACCCCGAGGCUGGGGCUUCGGAGGAUGCAGCUGGAAAACCUUUGGUAACUAACUGAGAAAAUGCAGAAGAUCUUGCAAACAGAGGAAAUUACCAAUACCCAAGCUCUUAGAAAAGGAAAGAGGAAAAGGACGGAGACGAUGGACUCAGAGAAUGCGAACAGUGACCUGGAUAAAGGGCAGAGAGACCCAUAUUCGGGAAAUGCCUUUCUGCCCGGUGAGAGCUCCAGUGAGGAUGAAGAGCCUCUAGCAGAAUUGUCGAAGGAGGAAUUGUGCACAAAAAUAAGAGGCCUGAAACAAAAACUAACAAACAUCCGGAAAGAAAAUAGCCGUCUUCGACAGUCUUUGGUCAUGCUUCAAGUUUUACCACAGGCCGUCACCCAGUUUGAAGAAUUGGUUGGUAUGGCGGAGGCCCUGCUCAAGGGUGGAGGAACCCUGUCCACGUCUGCGUCCACCCUCUGGAGAGCAACAAAUAACUCCUCACCAGAUUCAUUUGCCUCCACGUGUAGUAAUUCUAAUUCUAAUUCCAGUUCACCAGUUUCCUUGAAAGCUGAGGAAGAGCAUCACACGGAUGAGAAACAGUUCAAGAUUGAAAAAUGGCAGAUUGCCCGUUGCAACAAGAGCAAGCCUCAGAAGUUUAUUAAUGAUUUAAUGCAAGUGCUUUACACAAAUGAAUACAUGGCCACACACAGCCUGACGGGGGCAAAAUCCUCUACUUCAAGGGACAAGGCAGUGAAACCAGCUAUGAAUCAGAAUGAAGUUCAAGAAAUCAUAGGAAUCACAAAACAAUUAUUUCCCAACACAGAUGAUGUUUCAAUUAGGAGAAUGAUAGGGCAAAAGCUAAACAAUUGUACCAAGAAGCCAAAUUUGAGCAAAAAUCUGAACUCUCAGGGUAUUAAGUAGAUCCUUUCGGUAUUAUAGUUACCUGAAACAAAAGCACCUUCAGUUGAAAAUCUAACAUUGGAUUUUGCUGGAGACUCUGCAGCCUCCCUGGCAGUGAGCACAGGGACAGGUGCAGUGACAGGCUGGGAGACACCUGUGACAUCGUUGGGCCGCCCUGAUGGAGCACAAGCUUGUGAAGAAGCUGCAUGUAGAUUUCACCCUCAGUAUCAGUGACGCAUCAAACCAGAGAAUUUCUAGCAGGCCCAUGAGCAUGCAAUAUGGUUUCUUGGAAAUAUGCACUUUCCCGCCCCAAAGUAGUCCUUUGUACAGCUAACCUAACAGGACAAUCAGAGCUCUUAUCCUAGCAACGAAAACUUUAACCCCUAAGAUUCAUCAUUGUCCUAAUCAAUCCCUGUACGUUUAUUAUUACCAAUGACUCUCCAUUUUAGCUUUUGGAUCUUUAGUAUAAGCACAUGUUUGGAAAAGUAAACAGUGAAAUAAUCAAUGUUCACAAACAUGACAGCAAAAUCAACCUAAAAUCUGAUAAUCAUAUCUAACGAAGUAAUAGAGUUUUGGCAAUAAGAUUACAGGGUUAUUCUGUUACAUAAAAUUGUGUAAAAUAAGAAUCUGAAAAAAUGAGAACAGCAAGACCUUUUUAUUUUAAUAUUAAACUAUUCCACUGUGCUCCUGAAAAAGAAAUAAACCCAAGUUUUCGUGAUUGUUAAAACAAUGCAUCAACUUUUUAAAAAAUCUUUUUUCAUGUUUGUUUGUUUACACGCUUCUAACUUUUUAUUGCCCAAAGUAUAUUAAAUAUGCAUGUGUAAUACAAAACAUCAAACUGCUACAUUGCUUAGUUUUAACGGAUUUGUUUUCGUAGUAUCAGAAGAGAAAAUAAUAGAAAACAAAAUCAUAUGGGUUUAGUAAUCACACACAUAUACAAAUACCAUUUUGUAAAUGAAUAAAAGAUAAAACAUUCUUUAUCGACAGGCUUCUCGUUUGAUAUCAGGUUGUCACACGUGACAACUGUACAAUGUCAAGCCAUGCUUCUUCAGUGCACAAGGCCAUGUUCAAACUUGGAAAGGAGGAUGAAUAUGAUGGUUAAAAAGUCCAGUACUGUGGACCCAGGAACAUUCCAUAAAUGUUGCUUGAUAACAAUGUGGUUGUACAAAAUAAAUAUUCUUAAGGAAAUAACUUAUGUUAACAUUUGCUACUUUUACUUAAA